AGAUGCAUGGCAGCUGAAGUUUAAUGUGGAUAAAUAUGAGAUUAUCCACUUUGGUAGCAAAAACAUGAAGGCAGAUUACUAUCUAAAUGGCAUCGUUGGGAAAAGGGGAAGUACAGCGGGAUCUGGGGGGUCCUUGUACAUCAGUCUAUGAAAGUAAGGAUGCAGGUACAGCAGGCAGUGAAGAAAGCGAAUGGCAUUUUGGCCUUUAUAACAAGAGGAAUCGAAUAUAGGGGCAAAGAGGUCCUUCUGCAGUUGUACAGAGCACUAGUGAGACCACAUGUGGAGUAUUGUGUGCAGUUUUGGUCCCCUAAUUUGAGGAAGUACAUUCUUGCUAUUGAGGCAGUGCAGCGUAGGUUUACAAGGUUAGAAACAUAGAAACAUAGAAAAUAGGUGCACGAGUAGGCCAUUUGGCCCUUCAAGCCUGCACCGCCAUUCGAUAUGAUCAUGGCUGAUCAUCCAACUCAGUAUCCCAUCCCUGCCUUCUCUCCAUACCCCCUGAUCCCUUUAGCCACAAGGGCCACAUCUAACUCCCUCUUAAAUAUAGCCAAUUAACUGGCCUCAACUAUCUUCUGUGGCAGAGAUUUUUUCAUCUCGGUCCUAAAGGACUUCCCUCUUAUCCUUAAACUGUGAACCCUAGUUCUGGACUUCCCCAACAUUGGGAAUAAUCUUCCUGCAUCUAGCCUGUCCAGCCCCUUAAGAAUUUUGUAAGUUUCUAUAAGAUCCCCCCUCAAUCUUCUAAAUUCUAGCAUGUACAAGCCGAGUCUAUCCAGUCUUUCUUCAUAUGAAAGUCCUGCCAUCCCAGGAAUCAGUCUGGUGAACCUUCUCCAUACUCCCUCUAUGGCAAGAAUGUCCUUCCUCAGAUUUGGAGACCCAAACUGUACGCAAUACUCCAGGUGUGGUCUCACCAAGACCCUGUACAACUGCAGUAGAACCUCCCUGCUCUUAUACUCAAAUCCAUUUGCUAUGAAUGCAAACAUGCUAUUUGCUUUCUUCACUGCCUGCUGCACCUGCAUUCCUACUUUCAAUGACUGGUGUACCAUGACACCCAGGUCUCGUUGCAUCUCCCCUUUUCCUAAUUGGCCACCAUUCAGAUAAUAGUCUGCUUUCCUGUUUUUGCCACCAAAGUGCAUAACCUCACAUUUAUCCACAUUAUACUGCAUCUUCCAUGCAUUUGCCCACUCACCCAACCUAUCCAAUUCACCUUGCAGCCUCCUAGCAUCCUCCUCACAGCUUACACUGCCCCCCAGCUUCGUGUCAUCCGCAAACUUGGAGAUGUUGCAUUCAAUUCCCUCAUCCAGAUAAUUAAUUCCCGGGAUGGCAGGAAUGUCAUAUGCUGAGAGAAUGGAGCAGCUGGGCUUGUACACUCUGGAGUUUAGAAGGUUAAGAGGGGAUCGCAUUGAAACAUUGUUAAGGGUUUGGACAUGCUAGAGGCAGGAAACAUGUUCCCGAUGUUGGGGGAGUCCAGAACCAGGGGCCACAAUUUAAGAAUAAGGAGUAAGCCACUUAGUGCGGAGACGAGGAAACUUUUUUUCUCACAGAGAGUGGUGAGUGUGGAAUUCUCUACCUCUGGAGGCAGGUUCUCUGGAUGCUUUCAAGAGGGAGCUAGAUAGGGCUCUUAAAAAUAGCGGAGUCAGGGGAUAUGGGGAGAAGGCAGGAACGGAGUACUGAUUGGGGAUGAUCAGCCAUGAUCACAUUAAAUGGUGGUGCUGGCUCGAAGGGCCGAAUGGCCUACUCCUGCACCGAUUGUCUAUUGUCUAUUGUUCACGCUAGUUCUAUAUUAUCCCACUUCUCAUCCACUCCCUAUGGAAGCAAUUUAUAGAGGCCAACUAACCUACAAACGCGCACGUCUUUGGAAUGCGGGGGGAAACCGGUGCACCCAGUGGAAACCCAUGUGGUCACACAGGGAGAACAUGCAAACGCCACACAGACAGCACCUGAGGUCAGGAUUGAAGCCAGGUCCCUGGCUCUGUGAGGCAGCAGUCUUCAUGCACUAACGUAGCACCCACAUUUGAUGAAGUGAAGGGAAGCAUUUGGCAGGCAUAGGCAAAUGAAAACAGGAGAGACACUUGGAUAUAGAGAGAGCAAAAGACUACUUUAAAUAUAAAUUAGGAGAGGAAAGGGACAAGAAAAAAUAUCUGGCAGUCAAAAUUGAGAAACAUCCCAAGGAUUGAACAAUUGUAUUAGAGUAAGAGGGUAACCAGGGAAAGAGUAGGAGCCAAGGAAAGUGAGGGCUGUUGCAAAGAACAAUGGGGACCCGGCAUGGGGGGGAUUGCAUUGAGGGACAGUGGGAGAACAAAGUGGGAACUGGUGUGCGGGUGCACUCUAGUUUUAGAAUCCUCUUCUGCGUUUAAUUGUUUUGUUUGUUCGUUCGUUCUGGUUAAGGUGCUGUGCACACGCCAGCCAGCCAACAGUUGCUUGGCUUUUUUAUUCACUUUUAAUUUCAAGUAUUCGUGUACCUUGUGUGUUGUGACUGUUGGCAGAACAAUUUCCCUCCGGGGAUGAAUAAAAUGUUAUCGUAUUGUAUCGUAAAACUGCUGCCAGAUGCUGUGAAGUUUUGUAUCUUCUGCCCGAUGGGAGAGGGGACAAGUAGGAAUAACAGGGGAGUGAAUGGUCUUUCACGAUGUUGGUUGCUUUCCCGAGGCAGCGUGGAGUGUAGGGUAGAGUAAUUGACAAACUAGGCUGUGAUGUAAUCAAUAGGAUGCUUUAUGCGUUCCAUGUGUAGACAUUUGUAAGAGUUGUUGGAAGCAUGCUGAAUAUCCUUAGUCUUCUUUAUCUGACUCUGCAACAGAAUCUUACAUAUAUUCAAUGAAUGUUACUAGAACUGCCAGCUUUCUUCCUCAUUUACUGCUCAGUUUAACACACUUUGUACAGUCAACAAGCAUUUACAUGGAGCAGGAUUUAACCUUUGAUAUUCAGUGUUUGUACUUUUUAGCUGUUGCUUUUACCAAAGGUAUUGUUUGUCAUUUCAGUGCAGAGUGAAAGAGCGAAGCUCAGGAGAAAACAAAAGAGUUUACAAAUUGAGGAUACAUGUGGAGAAUAUUCAUGAAUAUCCAAGAGCUUUCAUGCUGCCUUUUGUUUCAAAUUAUUUUUGUGGUCAUCAUCUGUUCUGAUCUUUGGUUGUUAUUACCCACAGGUCUAACAGCAAACACAUCCCUGAUCCAAUCCCCAGGAGCUCUGGUGGUGCGUGAAGGUGAAACAGUGGAGAUACGGUGUGUCCUGAACAGCACCAAUGUGAAUAACAUUGUGAACAAAUUCCACGUUCACUGGUACAACUCACGUAAUGGAAAAAUCAAACUUAGUCUUUAUGACAAUGGCAUCACUUACAGGUCACUGGGCUUCUCCGAGCGAUUUCAGCUUUCCAGGAACGUCACCAGUAACAGCUACUCACUGACCAUCAGAGAGGUGAAGAUUGCCGACUCUGCUGAUUACAUCUGUGGCCUUUGGGGGCAUUUAUUUGGAGAUGGAACCAAGCUGAAUGUAACCAUUGCAAAUCCUCCGAUCCUGAUCCAAUUCCCGAGGCUGGAGCGUGUCACUGAGGGUCACACGGCACGGUUACGGUGCUCCAUGGAGAACGCUGAAGUGGGAAACACUGAUGUCCACUGGUACCGAGAACUACCCGGGCUGGACAUGGAGUGGGUUUUAACACACGAGGCAGGAGGCAGCGUACGAAGGAGACCAGGCUUCACUGAGCGGUUCCAGCCGUUCAAAGACGCCUCCAACAGCAGCUUCAUCCUGAAUGUCACAAACGUGACGCUCAAUGACUCUGCCGUCUAUUACUGCACAGUGUGGGGAGAUAUCAGAGGGAAUGGAACCCAGCUCAAAGUAACCAAUCUCCUGGAUGAUCCGGUCCUUAUCCAGUCUCCGCCAGUCAGCAAGGUGGCAGAGGGUGUAACCGUGCAGUUGCAAUGUGUCUUGCACAAAGCUGGUGUGAAUGACACUGACGUCCACUGGAACCAGCAGCGACCUGGGAAAAACAGCGAGUGGAUAAUGAGCCACUUUGUGGAUGGCAAAGUCACCAGGUCUGGCUGUAUCUCUGACCGCUUUAAGUCUUUCAGGAAUGCCAUGAGCAACAGUUACAUUCUGACAAUCGCCAAUGUCUCCAUCAAUGACACUGCUGUCUACAACUGCAGUGUGUGGAGUUACAUCUAUGGAGCAGGAUCCCAGCUCAAUGUAACUGAUCAAACAUAUGAAAAGUUGUCUUUGAAAAUCUUGGGCGGUAUUGUAGCCUGUGUCCUGGUAUUCAUCCUCUUAUUCAUCAUCUUAGCAAUAGCAGUGUGCUAUAUGAAGAAAUGGGUGUGCUUUCAACACAUGUUUAAACCCGAAGGGAACUCUACUGAAGACCUGAACCCAGUUUAUUCAACAGUUGCAGUUGAAACCAAGACCAAUACAGAACCGGCCCCCAAUGUCACUAUGUCGGCGGAACCGGAGAUACUCUAUGCUGAUAUUCAGUUUGCACGAAAGAAUGCCAAAGCUCCAACCUUAGAAGUCAGCGAGGAGACAACCGAAUAUGCUGCCAUCAAACGUACAUAGUGACUGAUUAAAAGUCACCCCUCAGGGUUCUUCUGGUUGGUAUCUGUCAACGCACAGAACUCCCAAAGGUCACAGAUCUUCAUUCUGGUUCUUAGGCAUAUGCCUCAAUAUUUUCUUACCCUUAAUCUCAUAUAAAGUGAUCGCCUACAGAUUGGUCUACUCCUGCCACAUUUAUUCUUUUAAUGUAGUUUCCCAGUCUACCCAACAACUCACAACUCAUACAUUCAGUUUCCUUUGUUAAAAUUUAACUCUAAUUUCAGAUCGAAGCAAAUAAUUUCAAUUUAUAUCACUCACUCUUCUCAAAGCUUUAUAUGCAAUUAACGUAAAUAUACUGCAAAGACGUACCGGUUUGGAAGUUAAUUGACCAGUAAAAUUAUAAAUUGUCCCUAGUGUGUGUAGUGUGUGGGGAUCGCUGGUCGGCGCAGAUUUGGGGGUGGGGGGGGGGGCAAAGGCCCUGUUUCCGUGCUGCAUCUCUAAACUAAACUAAACUAUUAACAAACCUUUUCUCAUUGCACGUAACUAGUUGAAAUUAACCUUUCACUUUGUUGAUUCUUCAGCAUGCCGAUAUGGAAUAUCAUAUUUUACACAUGCUGCAAAUUAGAGCUAAUUUUAUUUCCCAGACCCGAUGUGAAUUAAAGUCCCAAGAUAUUACUGUGAUGCGUUGCUUCAUUACCCUCUCCACUUGAUUUCCCACUGAUAUCUGUGGUCAGAUAAACUGACUACAAAUUAAUUAGUCAUUUUCCUCUUAAUAUGCCUCAUUUCACCCAUUACCUGUUCGUUAGCUUAUCCUCUAUUUAUGCUCACAAAUUACCUACAAUACCGUGACCUUUAGGACAAAAGGGAUAGAAAAAGAAUUAGGCCAUUCGGUCCAUCAAUUCUACGCCAUUCAAUCAUUUCUGAUCUAUCUCUCCCUCCUAACCCCAUAACCUCUGACACCUGUACUAAUCAAGAAUGAAUCUUUACUCUGCCAUAAAAAUCUCCACUGACUUGGCCAUCACAGCCUUCUGUGGCAAAGAAUUCCACAGAUUCACCACCCUCUGUAUAAAGAAAUUUCUCCUCAUCUCCUUUCGUAAACGAACGUCCUUUAAUACUCAGGCUAUGACCUCUCGUCCUAGACUCUCCCACUAGUGGAAACAUCCUCUCCACAUCCACUCCAUUCAAGCCUUUCAUUAUUCUGUAUGUUUCAUUCAGGUCCCAUCAUUCUUCUAAACUCGGUGUAAUAAAUUUACAGAAGCCAUGCUCAUCGAAUGGCUUCUGAAAAUCAAAAUAUAUGGUCAUCUUUCCACAUGGUGCUUCAUACAUCUUAAAGAAUGUAAAUAUUUAUUGCCAAGUAGUUUCUAUUCCAUAAAAACAUGUUUAAAAGUGUGCUUUAAAGUUUUAUAAUAUUCUAAAUUGUGCUGUUGCAAUGUAAGAAAAUGUAUAUUAUUUUCCAAACUUUAUGAAAUAUUACUGAUUGAAUGAAGGUGAUCCUCAUGUUAUGGGAGGUUGUGUUUCCUGGAUAACAGUCCAUAUCACGAAUUUCCAUACAGUCAUCCACGCAUGCAUUAAGAAACCCGAGUUGAAAAAAAGGUGAAUUUUGUAUUGUGUAGUUACUACGACAAUAAGUCCAUCAGGACAAAUUUUAAUCACUAUUUCAAACUUUGGGUUAUAAUUUGUGACGGUGAAUUUCCAUUAACAGGACUAUGUAACGCAGGAGUCACCAGGUUAAAAUGGACAGCUUAUACAGUGAGGUUUGAAAACAUGGAACAUAUGCCCAGGUGGGCUGAUGUCAUAUGUGGUGUUCUCUCUUUAAUUAUUCAAUAUUCAAUCAACAUAUAGAAACAUUUAUACGUGAUUGCAUUAUUAUUUGUGGGUCUUGGACUAUCUUUAAAUUGGUACAGAUUGAAAACCGAUUUUCUGGUAAUUGAUGGUCUACCACAAUCUGGACAAAAUGAUCGGAGCUCAGUUGAAAUUCCAUGAGUGGCCACAGAUGGCGUUGUAAAGUGAAUGUGAAUGUAAUGACCUGCCAACCCAUCCAUGGCUCCCACCGUCUCGCCAGCCGUUUAGAGCUUUGACUUUCAACCCCAUUCCCGACCCAUAAUGAGUGACUAUGCUUCAAGAUACUUCAUCUUCUGCAAAGUGCUUUACAACCUCACAAAAGAUGUGAAGGAGCUGCAUCAAAAAAAUGUCAUAGGAGUGAUGCAGUGUGGAAACAGGCCCUUCGGCCCAACUCGCCCAUACCGGCCAACAAUGUCCCAGCUACAUUCAGACUGGGCAUCACAAGAAUGAGCAUUACUGGCUUGGAUGUGAGGGUCCAAUGAGAGAACAUUGUUGUGACGGUCAAUCUGAACUAUGCUGCAUUGCAUGAGACUUCCUGCGAUCACCUCCUGCAUAUUGUAACCUAGCAGUUAUAGACCUGUUAGUUUGACGUCAGUGGUGGGCAAAUUAAUGGAAAGGAUACUUAGAGAUAAUAUAUAUAAGCAUCUGGAUAAACAGUGUCUGAUUAGGAACAGUCAACAUGGAUUUGUGCCUGGAAGGUCAUGUCUGACUAAUCUUCUUGAAUUUUUUGAAGAGGUUGCUAGGGAAAUUGAUGAGGGUAAAGUGGUGGACGUUGUCUAUAUGGACUUCAGUAAGGCCUUUGACAAGGUUCCACAUGGAAGGUUGGUUAAGAAAGUUCAAUUGUUGGGUAUUAAUGGUGGAGUAGCAAGAUGGAUUCAACAGUAGCUGAAUGGGAGAUGCCAGACAGUAAUGGUGGAUGGCUGUUUGUCAGGUUGGAGGCCGGUGACUAGUGGGGUGCCUCAGGGAUCUGUGUUGGGUCCACUGUUGUUUGUCAUAUACAUCAAUGAUCUGGAUGAUGGUGUGGUAAAUUGGAUUAGUAAGUAUGCAGAUGAUACUAAGAUAGGUAGUGUUGUGGAUAAUGAGGUAGAUUUUCAAAGUCUGCAGAGAGAUUUAGGCCAUUUGGAAGAGUGGGCUGAAAGAUGGUAGAUGGAGUUUAAUGCUGAUAAGUGUGAGGUGCUACAUCUUGACAGGACAAAUCAAAAUAGGAUGUACAUGGUAAAUGGUAGCGAAUUGAGGAAUGCAGUUGAACAGAGGGAUCUAGGAAUAACUGUGCAUAGUUCCCUGAAGGUGUAAUAUCAUGUAGAUAGGGUGGUAAAGAAAGCUUUUGGUGUGCUGGCCUUUAUAAAUCAGAGCAUUGAGUAUAGAAGUUGGGAUGUAAUGUUAAAAUUGUACAAGGCAUUGGUGAGGCCAAUUCUGGAAUAUGGUGUGCAGUUUUGGUCGCCAAAUUAUAGGAAGGAUGUCAACAAAAUAGAGAGAAUACAGAGGAGAUUUACUAGAAUGUUGCCUGGAUUUCAGCAACUAAGUUACAGAGAAAGGUUGAACAAGUUAGGUCUUUAUUCUUUGGAGCGCAGAAGGUUAAGGGGGAACUUGAUAGAGGUCUUUCAAAUGAUGAGAGGGAUAGACAGAGUUGACGUGGAUGACGUGGAUGACGUGGAAAGACAUUCUUGCCAUAGAGGGAGUACAGAGAAGGUUCACCAGACUGAUUCCUGGGAUGUCAGGACUUUCAUAUGAAGAAAGACUGGAUAGACUUGGUUUGUACUCGCUAGAAUUUAGACGAUUGAGGGGGAUCUUAUAGAAACUUACAAAAUUCUUAAAGGGUUGGACAGGCUACAUGCAGGAAGAUUAUUCCCGAUGUUGAGGAAGUCCAGAACAAGGGGUCACAGUUUAAGGAUAAGGGGGAAAUCAUUUAGGACCGAGAUGAGAAAAACAUUUUUCACACAGUGGUGAAUCUGUGGAAUUCUCUGCCACAGAAGGUAAUUGAGGACAGUUCAUUGGCUAUAUGUAAGAGGGAGUUAGAUAUGGCCCUUGUGGCUAAAGGGAUCAGGGGGCGUGGAGAGAAGGCAGGUACAGGAUACUGAGUUGGGUGAUCUGCCAUGAUCAUAUUGAAUGGCGGUGCAGGCUCGAAGGGCCGAAUGGCCUACUCCUGCACCUAUUUUCUAUGUUUCGAUAAGCUUUUUCCAUUGAGAGUAGGGAAGAUUCAAACAAGAGGACAUGAUUUGAGAAUUAAGGGACAGACGUUUAGGGGUAACAUGAGGGGGAACUUCUUUACCCAGAGAGUGGUAGCUGUGUGGAAUGAACUUCCAGUGGAGGCAGGUUCGAUUUUAUCAUUUAAAAAUAAAUUGGAUAGGUAUAUGGACGGGAAAAGAAUGUAGCGCAGGUAGAUGGGACUAAGUGAGAGUAAGUUGUUCGGCACGGACUAGAAGGGCCGAGAUGCCUGUUUCCGUGCUGUAAUUGUUAUAUGGUUAUUGUGUGGUGUGUAUUAUGCUUGUAAGUGACUAGUUUUUACCCAGUGUGCAUUAUGUACAAAAAAAAAACAAAGUAUUGAUUUUUACAACAUAGGCCUGUAAAUAUUAACAGACUGUCAACAUAUCUUAGCUUAAUAAAAUAAUAAAAUUCUGAGUGCAAAUUUUUUUUCAUUAAUUACUGAGAUUUGGUGUUGAUAGAAAGCCAGAUUGGUUAUCUGGUGUGUUUAUACAGUAAAUGGCAGGACUUUUAGCAGCAUGGAGUUAAUCCUGGCUAAAAUGGACCAGUCAGGACUUCAAAAUGGGGUUAAGUGUCAGGGCUUGCUGGGAGAUUUGGUCAAAUUGUGAUAGCUAUCUGCAGAGCUGGGACAAGCUGCGAGAGGUGCCAGAGUCUGGAACUUAGAUAAAAUUCAUAUGCUAAGGAUAGGAAGUCUUGCAAGCCUUGUCAAUCUGAUACCAAAUGCACAGAAUGGAUUGGGUGGUUGCAAACUAGAUAUACAUUUUGUAAAUAGCUUGUAAAUAAUGUUGCAGAAUCUGACUGCUGGAUCUUUAGGUAGAUGAAAGUGCUGGAGAAACUCAGCGGGUGCAGCAGCAUCUAUGGAGCGAAGGAAAUAGGCAAUGUUUCGGGCCAAAACCCCUAUUGGAUGGGGUGUUAAGCAUUGUCUGAGAGCCCCCGUGUGGUUCGGCCCUCAGGUUCGCGCGGCAUAUGAAAGGCUGUAAUCAAAGGCUCAAGGUCAAUCUUCUGGAGUGUCGCUGUCUGAGCGAGGCCUAAGGGCUUGAACAGAUAGACAGAGGGAUCUGUUCCAUUCUGUUUGUAGUUUGUUUGUUUGGUUGUUUUUUGCACAAAGUCCACGAGCAUUGCCACUUUUCAUUUCACUGCACAUCUUGUAUGUGUAUGUGACGAAUAAACUUGACGAACCCACGGUGGGGGUUAGGUACAGUGUGUAAUCUGACUCGUGCUUUUGGUAAAAUAAAAUGUUGUUAAUUCAAGUGCUUGAUUCAGUGUUUUUACUGAAACUAGAUUGGGGGGAAGCUCGGAAACCAGCAAUUAUCAGAUGUACAGAAAGAUCUUGGGGAACAAGUCCAUUGCUCCCUAAAAUUGGCAACAUAAAUAGGGUGGUAAAAGAGGUGUACUUUUAUACUUGCCUUCAUUAAUUAGAGCUUUUUGUAUUGACGUUGGCAAGUCAUGCUGGGGCAGUAUAAUGCUUUGGUUAUACUGCAUUUGGAGUACUGUGUGUAGUUCUGGUCCUGAUGCUGCAUGGAGCUGCCAAUUUAUCAUCAGAGUUGACAACUAUCUUUUCAACAACAUUACAGGCUAGGUUCCGUUUAUAGAAACCAGGCCAUAUCGCAGUUUCUCAUAACACAAAGGUGCAUGCAUCAAGACACUUAAGGUGAAAAAUAUUAGUUGUGCUGAUUUAUUUACUCGCUUCCCCCACAUAAAUUCUGUGAGAACAACGCACAUUCCAUAUCUUCAAUCUUUUGGUACUGAUUUGUGAAUUCUGUCCGGCUGCAUUUCCAUAAUCCAACAGAGGUGGCGAUGUUGAAAGCAGAUACAAUUUGUUGGUGGGUAUUUGAAUAUGCAGGAAAUGGAAUUUAUUCCCAUAAUU